UAUUUUUUAGAAAAUUAUAAAAAGUUCGAAUAAUAAUAUAUGUGUACAGUUCACAUGUUUUUAAUAAUAAAUAAAAUAUACAGAAGAUAUGGCGGAUAGUGAAAAUGUUAUUGAAUGGCAGCCUUUAGCACUCACGUUAGUCGAAUAUCCCAAAGAUGAUUUCAUUGGUAAAUUUUUUGCCCUAACCAGUUUAGCACCUUUUGGAAUUGGCGCUGGUUUUAUCGCCUUGAUCUUAUUUCGAAGAGACCUGCAUACAAUAGCUUUUUUUAUAGGAACUCUCGUAAAUGAGCUCUUGAAUAUAAUAUUAAAACAUAUUAUAUGUGAAAAGAGGCCACUAUCUAGGGGACAUUUAUAUAAUGAAUAUGGAAUGCCUUCCUCACAUGCACAAUUCAUAUGGUUUUUUAGUAUAUAUGUCUUAUACUUUUUCAUAAUAAGAUUACACCAUAUAAACAAUAAUAACAUAAUAUCUGUUUUAUGGAAAGUUAUUAUUGUAAGUAAUUGUUUCUUAUUAGCCUUGAUUGUAUGUGUUGGGAGAGUAUAUCUAGAAUACCACACAACAUGGCAAGUUAUUGUUGGUGGCCUAGUUGGAUUUGUUACUGCAACAGUUUGGUUCACUGUUGUGCAUAAAAUACUCACACCAAUAUUCCCGCAAGUGGCUAAUUUGAAAAUAUGUGAAAUGUUAAUGAUACGAGACACAACUUUAAUACCAAAUGUAUUAUGGUUUGAAUACACCAAGUCGCGACACGAGGCACGCACUCGAGGCCGAAAAUUGGCAGCUUGUAAACCAACCCGAUGACAAUACGCCUUCUCGCGCGCAAGUGACGCCGUGUGCCGUCCAAGAACUCGCGCGUGACGAUUGCUUACUGCUGCAGCUGUUGUGCUCAGCGGGGUCAUUAUGUAUAUCAUUAGAAUGCGUUUCCAAUACGAGUAGCAUUUAUUUUAAAUGUAUUAUGACUAUGUUGUGAUGGACGAUUAUUAUAUUUUUGUUAACUAUCUAGAAAUUUAUAUUUGAAACGCAUUUUAUUAUUUGUUAUUUUAAUUUAUAAAUGGCGAGAUUAUGGUAUGACUGACCAUAACUUGAUUUGUUUUUUUGUAUUGUUGCACAAUAUUGUGUUCAGAUAUUUAAAAUUCAUGCAUUAUUAUAUAUUAUAUGAUUGAAGUAUGUAUAUUAGGUAAUAUUCAUCCACCUACCAUAAUAUCUUUAAUGUUUCAAUUCUUAGUACUAAUUACUAUCCUUAUACUCAAAUGAAAACAUAAAAGACAAUAAAAGAUAAUGUGCAGUUUAAUAAACUAUGUAAAUAAGUAAUAGUUUACUUUUAGUAAUAAGAGAGAAUAUUUAAGAGCAAUAUAUGUAAUUUUGUAAAAUAAAAUAACGCACAUGUUUAAAUAAAUUCAAUAUUUUAAAUAAAUUUAGGAGACCCUAAAGUACAUAGUUUAAAAAACUGUAAAAAGUAUUGUUUGUCUUCCAUUUAAGUUUCCAGUUUAUUUGUGAUUAUAUAUCUAAAUUAAUUCUUAUAGUUCAGGAUACAUCGCCCAUUUUUGGAAGUGACUACUAUCAAGCUAAUUUUACGUUUGUAGCUUUAUUUUGAUGAGACGCCCAAUAAUUGCA